GUAGCAUACAACACAGCCUGCCUGGCCUCGAACAUUCUAUCUAAACCUUUCUGCGGUGCGAGCGCACUUCUGUACAAGAAACUUUGUUGGCACAUUAAUUACGACAACCUUGUCGAUAAUGAUAUGUAAGCUUACUUGGCAGGGAGGAAGUAGCACCACACUCACAGUUCACCUUACAUGUUGUAUGUAUGCAGCUGUAGCGAACUCUCCCUCUGCCAGCCCAUGGCGCCACCCUAGUGCUGAUUGGUCCGGAUCCGGAACUCCUGAUUAUUCAUCAACUACUUACCGCAAUCGCGACUCCUACAUUCCAAUUUCCAACUAUAAUCAGCACAACACACAAACCUGCCCUAUCACAACGUCCGUUGGCCCCUACGGUUCACAGAGGUGGCUCAGCGUCACAGAAAGCUUGACCUACUUUGAGAAGAGAAAUACCUUCAAGUUGCUCACUCGCACAAGGGUUCACGAUCGAGAAACCAUACAUGGACUCCUGUACAUCAUUAGUUCCCACCGCUGCUGGCAGGUGCCAUGCAGUUAAAGGUCGGAUAAUUCAUUACCGUCACUGUAUUUAUCAGGCUGUCUGCCAAGGUGGAACAGCUGCCAUAUCUCUCCAUGGUUAAUUCCCGGCCCCGUUGCACUGCAGCAAUCUGGUGUCUGCUUGGAUAAAUACUAC